GCAGAUAGCAAAUGCAGAUGCUGGACUCCAUCCUGCAAUGCUCUAAGCAGCCCCAAAAGGCACAGUGUAACCUCCUCUCCUGGGGCUGCUGGCAAGCAGGUCCUGUUCAGCAACCCUCUACCUUGGCAGGAUCCAACCCUGUCUUGGCUGUGUGCACAUCUGAUAAGAGCACCUCUAGCACACCACUUUCAAAACAGCUCUAUAUGAUGGUUGAUGAAGCCUUCAAACCAGCACCCCAGCCCUCCUCAACACAUUCUUGCAGUCCCUCUCCUUUCCACCCCAACAAACCCCCACAUUUAUUCUCUUUACUUGGAGAAAAUUAGGUCUGUCCCCUGCUGCAAGCAAUGAGGACCCCCAAGUAUUUACUGUAUAUUAUUUUAGCAGUGUUACAGGUACUCAUGAAUGUUGGAUUUCUGAAGAGCUUGGGGGCAGGACCUCACCUGCCUGCAGCCAGCUGGAGAGGGUCAAGGUGUAGAGAGGACAUGGGUUUCUCAAAGUUACAUGGCAGUGAUGCUGGAAGGUCAGAAGCUGGUAGGAGUAUCUGGCAUUCCCAACAGCCCUUUUCAUGCCUAGGUACAUAGAUAGAGGUAACAGGGAUAAGUGGGGCACGGUAUGAGAUGGCUUGUGCCCUGAGGCACAGGGUGAGCACCUCACUAGGGUAUCAAGAAAGCUGCUUAAAACUUGUCUCUCCAAACCAAGCACCAAGCCCAAAGUCCCACUGUCCGCUGAGGAGCAUGAAAGCUGUGCCCACACCAGGGUCACAGUGUCUGUACAGAUGAUCCUUUCUCCUAGAUCAUCCAGCCUGCCCAGGCAGAGACAUCACCCAUGGGGAACACAAGGGAGAGGAGAAACCAGCACAACCCACUUACCUCAGCAAAGCAUCUUCACUGCAGGAAUCAACCUUCUCUGAGAGGAAAUUAAAAGCAAAAAGCCAUUCUUCCCCUUUUGAGAAACAAACAAAUUUUUGAGUGCUUCCCAGCCCCUGGCAGCCCACAGUACUGCUCAGCAUCUCUGUACUUUUAUUCAGUCUUCAUUUCUUUUAAGGAAACUUGCCACAAAACUUUCAUCUACAGCAGUAAAAAAAACCCACCACGGAAUAUUUGAGAGUGAUUGAAGGGCAAAUAUGAAUAUUCAAAAUAAGAAUCUCUCUCUGUUUCUGGUAGAACAGUAGGAAAAAGCAUGGAAGUGCAACAGAGAAUAAAGUCUAAGCAACUUUUUUGUUGUUGUUUUUUGUUGUUGUGGGAGAUGGUAGGGAACAAAUCUAUCCACUACGAACAGCUUUUUCCAGGAAGUGUGGGUUGCUGUACCCCGUAUCCUCUGAGCAGCAGGCACUCGCACAACAGUUCUCAUGCUACUUGCAAGCAACGCAUUUGGAGGAGCCCCAGCAACGUGCACGGAGGAUGAACGAACCCUAUGGCCCUGAGGCACCCCGUCCCAUCAGCAGCACAUCUCCUGGCAUCAUGAAAAUGUUCAUGGGCUUCCUCACUCUAUUUAUUGUAGCGCAGACCAUUGGGACUGUGCUCUUCUGUUUGUAUCUUCACAUGAAGAUGGAUAAGAUGGAAGAGGUAUUGAGCUUAAGUGAAGAUUACAUCUUCCUGAAGAAAGUACAGAAAUGUCAGACAACAGAAGGUCAGAAGUCAACAUUAUUGGACUGUGAAAAGAUUAUGAAGGGCUUCCAGAGCAUCCAGUGCAAGGAUGAACCCCUCAAGGAGCAGCCCAAGUUUGAAAUGCAGAGAGGUCCUGAGCACCGUGAGCAUGCCCAUUUGAUGCACAAGAAUGAGACAUCCAUGGCAGCAGAGAAGAGGAAGCCAGUUGCAGUUCACCUGGCAGGUCAGCAGAGCAACAAGGCAGGCUCAGUGCUGGAGUGGAAGGAGACCAUGUAUGGCCCCACGAACAGCUUGAUAUCCAACAAGGAGGGGAAAUUGAAGGAAGAGGACCGGCUCUUGGUGAAAGGACAAAAGACACAGAGCACCUUGAAGUCCCACUGUGAACUCCAGUCAAUCCGUGUGGGAGGUGUCUUCAACCUCCGGGAAGGUGACAUGGUCUUUGUCAAUGUGACAGACUCCACGAAAGUGAAGUACAGCCAUGGCAACACCUACUUAGGAAUCUUCAAGGUAUAGUGAGGAAAGGGCUGUCCUGAGAUGGGAAUCCAGCCCAACUUUCUUGAGCAAAGUGCCUUUCCCUUUUUCCCUUAUUUAUGUUCCUCUGCCUCUCUGUUUUUCUUGUUUCUCAAUUUGUAUAUUUUUUUUAUUUAUUAAUGAGGGCCAGGGGGCCCUGAGAACACAAAUGGAACAAAGUUUGUAAUUUUUUGCUCUCAGAUUUUUUUCUUUUGCAGCUAGUGAUUUGGUACAUGCUGGUCUUGUGUGCCUGAGUCCACCACACACAACUUUCCUCAAAGGGUUGAUGUCCCUAUUAUGUCACGAGAGUUUUGUUUGCCAAACUCUACCAUCAUUUCUUUCCUUGAAACAUAGGAUGGCUCAGGGCACUUCAGCCAAGCUGCAUUCAUACAUAUCUCCACCACCAAUCUGCUUACAAACAUCAAUGGAAAAACAUAAAAUGGCUUAGGAACAUCUCCUCUAAAGGAAUCCUUAAGCCAAGCACUGUUAUUACUUGGCAGCUGCUGGUGAGGUAGUGUUGCCACCCCAACUGUUUCCUGUAUGUGGAGAACCCCCUUUUUUCCAUCCAUGCCUGUCUGUGAAACUCAUCCAACUUCCUCGGGGUGGCACUGCCUUGGCUGGGACCGGUGACAAUCGUUCCACACCAGGGGUGAUUGGUGCCUGAGAGAGGACUGCAGCUUUCAAGGCAGAGAGAAGGUAGGGCACUGGUGGUGGUCUGCUCUUGGUGAUCUGAAUCUGUUCACCAGACUGUCCUCCCACCUCUGCAGGCAGAGGAACCUUUGCCUGUGGACAAUUGAACUCCCCUGUGGAAGAAGCACUGGGCACCACCAUCAAAACUGGAACUGCACCUUCUCCUGAGACGCCUCCUACCUAGGGAGGAGGACCAGGAAAGCAUGAGAGUGGCAAGCCCACCUGCUUCUUCCCUCCAAGGCAUAUGUGCAGAGCGUCUUUUGGUUGCCCAGUGAGGACAUGUCCACAGUGGCACUUUUUCUGGAGCUCCAGGAGAGGACUGUACAGAUGGGCAGGACCCCUCUUGAGCAGGGGAUACCUGGUUGACACUGCACACUAGGGUCUUCCCAGCUCUAUUCUCCAGCUUGGUCUGCAGGGAAGGUAAUCAGGGCACAAGAAUGUUGAUGCAGCAUUAAAAAAAAAAAACAAACAUUUGAAGAUGGCACGUGAUGACUGUAGUUUUUGGUUAUACAGGUCACACUUAAAGGAUCAAAGUUUGAGAAUAAUCCUGGAUGCCAACAUGUUUGCAAAUGGGAGAGCUUCCAGAUUUGGGCAGUCUUUAGGCUUUGUUGUGUUGGAGGCUGCAGGUCUAGUCCUAACACGGUGCCCAAAUGCCACCACUGGUGGAACAGAAGGUGCAUUCUUUGCAGAGCUCACUGCAGAUCUUGGGUGCCCUGCACAGCCUCCUCCAAAGUCAAUAGAACUCAGGGAUGGUCUGGUUUCACUAUAAUUUGAUAAGUAUUUUUCAGCUAUUCUCCAAAACUGCCCAACCUUCUUAGGGCAUUGACCACUCUUGUCUGACAUUGUGUAUAAAGACUAUUUGUUUGAUUAAACCCAUCUUAUGUUUGUGACCAGAGAGACUGAGUGCCAGAGGACUGUGCACAGCUGUAGCUGCAUUUUGUGGCAUAAUUCCAUGUUCAUGGUUCCCCCUUCCACAGUGUGGGAUUUCUUCCAUUAAUCAUUCCACAAUUAAUACAAUUUAUGGAUUAAGACAUA